GGAUGGCCUUUUUUUGUUUAGACAGUGAAAUAAUGGUUUAAACCAGGUCAUUACUGUCUGCAUAAUAAGAGAGAAGAUGGUAUGACUAGUAGCUACAUUGUGAUGACCGUCUAAUAAUUUUCUGUCUUUAUGUUUUAGUUAUUUCUUUGUCACUACUUUUUGGAGGCUUUAUUCUUGAAAAGUUCAAGAAUGUGACAAUUAUUACAACAUAACAAUUUUGAUCUUAACUUUCAGUUUGACUGUUGUGAAUGAAUAUCUUUGCUAGGAUUUGCUUUUGAAAUCUUUAGCAAUUUCAAAAACCGAACAUGGGUUUUUUUUUGGAUAGGAUAAUACCUGCUUUUCCUAGUUUCGAAAGAUUUAAAAAAAUAUGCUUUUAGAUGUAGACAACUAUAAAGGCUAAGAGACCUAAUUUUAAAACCAAACUGGCAAUCAAAACCUAAUAAAAGAAGUCUUAGAUGGCUGUGGCAAAGAUUUUCAAUCUCCAGAUAAGGAAAACCCUCACUGGACAAUCUUGGUUUUCUUAAUUCCUACGAACCAUUCUUCAUUAAUGCCAAAGACAAGAGGAAGGGUUACAGCAAGAUUGAAAAGGCAGCCGCUGUGAGUGAACAUAGGGGUCGCCAACUGGGAGGAGAUAAAGAGUAUGGUACAUUUGGUGGAAAGAAAAAGGAAUGGUAAAUAAUGUAAUGUGAUACAGAAGAAGAUUAAAUAAUGGGUCAAUCGAGAUUAAAGAGGGAGUAGUUCAGCUAAUAAAAAAGAACAUUUAAUGCAUGAUGAAGAUUUUAAAUUGUUUUGAGAGGUUUAGAGUUUCCAGGACAUUUGUUGGGAGAGAGUGAAACCUGGCAGCCUGCUUUUAAAUUCCACUAUAAUUACGGGGAGAAAGCUAGGAAAGCUGCUACUCUUUUGUCAUUUUCUUGAUAGACCAGUGCUCUUUUGAACUCCCUUCUUCAAUACUAUGUAUAUAACAAUGCCAUGGAAAACUGGCUCCUCGACUCCAUAGCUUCACUUCAUUUCAAUCUCUCUCUCUCUCUCUCUCUGAACCAGAAGAUUUUUAGUCACUCAUCUCUUUCUGAACUGGGACUUUCCCUCCAAUGGCUGUGGUAUGUGCUGAAGCAGCACCACAACCACUUAGAGCACAGGUUUGGAUCUUGAAAGUUUCUAUUCACUGUGAAGGAUGCAAGAGGAAGGUUAAGAAAGUUCUACAGAGCAUUGAUGGUGUUUAUACGACCGUCAUUGAUUCAGAACACCAGAAAGUUACGGUCACCGGAAAUGUUAGUCUUGAAACUCUGACCAAGAGGCUCGCAAGAGCAGGUAAACAAGCGGAAAUUUGGCCAGAAAAGCCAGCAGAAAAAGAGAAACAGUUCAUCAAGAUGUUGGCGACUGACAAAGGGAAUGGCCAAGAAAAUGGAAGAAGUCCGAGUACAAACAAAGCUUCAGCAAAGAAGGUUGAGUUUAGGGUCAGCCCUGACAAGAAUAACCGUGUAGAAGAGAUUAAAAAGUCAAAGAAUAAUGGAAGCUCUACCAAAAAGCUUCCGGCCGGGGAGUCGCCGCCGGUGGCCAACUACAAGGGCAAUGCUACUGGACAUGAGGGUUAUUCUCCAGACAAAAGUGUAGGGCAGAGUGGUGAAAAGAAGAAAAAGAAGGGGCAUCCAGGUAUUAACAACGGUGAUAAAUCAGGUUCAAACCCCCGGAAUGGACAUGGAACACUCAAUGUGGAUCCAGAUGUGGACCUAAGAAAUGGUAGCCCACUGGCCCAACAAAUAUACACGGGCCCUAAGGGUUAUUAUUUUCCUCCACCUAUUUUGGGGUUAAACUACUCUGCGCCGCAUUUAGUUAAAGGUCCUGAAUUGCUUCACCAUGCCCCACCGAUUCCAUUUUCACAUUCGAAUGAUCAGACUGGAAACUAUGAGGAUCAAGCAAAGCCACAGACCUACCUGGAUUAUUUCAGUGAAGAAAAUGCCCAUGGGUGCAUCAUUAUGUGAUCUACAACCCAGCCAAUCUCAAAUCAAAGGCAAGAGAUGAUGAUUUGAAGUGCUAAUAGUAAAACAGCGGAGCAUGAGUAUAGAUAGAUGUACAUGAGUGAGGUCCAAAAUGACAGGAAGGUUAUCAAGUAGCAAAGUUUUGAAGGGUUGGGUGCUUCUAAUUUUUUGGGUGAAAAGUACUUUAGGGUUAUUGUGUUCUCCGUCAAAUGAAAACUUUUUGCAGAAGCUUUCUA